CAAUCUUUGCAGGAAUGGGUUAUGGCUGCUGGUAAUGAAACAGCUGUUGAUAAUGUACUUGCGAUAAGUUUGGUUUACGGUGGACGUCUUGUUUCAAUGGGUUAUUAUGGGAGAAAUGAUAAACUGUACUAUUAUGCAAUUAUGCAUAAAUAUCCAGGACCCGUAUUUCUGAAACCUGCUCCUGUUACCUACAAAGAGUUGCUCAAAUCUGUUAAAGAAAAUGAACAACGAUCAUUGGCGCUUACGCAAGUUUGCGGUCAAGAAGAUUAUCCUGGUCGAGUAACUUUUUCCACUUACUGGGAACGAAUUCCUGGUGUUGAAUUUGAGAUUUGGUUUCCGGGCACUCCAGAGUCUGUAAGGCAGAGGAGGUUUUUAGAAAGUCGCGGUUACCGACUAAGUUAUUUAUGCGGAUACUCAGUGAUGAGCCGUGCUCAGUACGUUGGGGUUUGGCAAAAACCAACUUUAUCAAAAAAUCCAUAUGAAGCACAUUAUGGGCUAACGUUAGAACAGUGUUUGGCAAAAGACAAGAUUCUUUUAAGUCGUGGUUUUAUUGCAACACAGUUUCGUGUUUUCAAUAACGGACUAGCGGUACUGUGCACAGCAAUUUGGGAAUAUGUACCGGCGAAGCAUCAUGCAAUAGAAAUUGGUACAAAACUUGAAGCAAUAUACAGCAAGGUAAAUCGUGACGAUGAUAUGUUACCGCGACAAAUUUCACACUUCAUGGAUAACUUUGAUAAAGUGAAUUAUGUGGUUCUCUGGAGUGAUUACAAUACAAAUCGUUAUCCAACUCCAUUGCCGUUGUGGAAGCAAACCAGUAAAAUUCCGGUAAGUUAUUUGCAAGGAUCAAUUGAACUGUUAUCACCAAGUCAACUUGAAUUUCUUAUCAAACGUGUUGAACAUUUCAUGAAAGACUUAGACAUACCGGCACUGUCUAUAGCAAUCGUCAAAAAAGAACGGCUUAAGUUUGCCGCAGGUUUUGGAUAUUCGGAUAUGCGAAAGAAGCAAGUAGUUACACCAGAAAAUCAGUUCCGCAUUGGUAGUGUAUCGAAACCGAUUACAGCAGCUGCUAUUUUAGUUUUAGUAGAUCAAGGGAAACUCAAUCUCGAUGAACGUGUGUUUGGGAAAAACUCAAUCUUUGGAAUGGAAUUUGCAAAAAAACGGCUGUAUCAAAAGUUCGUAAUGGAAGUUACAGUACGUCAUUUAUUGGAACAUACAGCUGGCGGUUGGGAUAACAUAGAAAAUGAUCCAGCUUGGAUAGAACCAGAGAUGACAACAAGACGUUUAAUUGAACAUGUUCUCGAGAAUAUACCGCUCACAAAAAAACCUGGCACUUGCUGGAUAUAUUCAAAUUUUGGUUACCAGUUGUUGGGGUACAUUAUUGAACGUAAAACCGGUUUAACAUAUGAGGAAUUUGUUAAAAAUAACAUUUGGAGGCCAGUUGAAGUAACCGAUAUACGACUUGCUGGUCCUACGAUAUCAGACAGGGCUUCACGUGAAGUUCUAUACUAUAUGAGCGGAAACCGAAUAGGCUUCAAUCCAUACGAAAUGCUUACACCAGAUCGCAUCGGUCCGUGGGGCGGCUGGAUUGCUUCACCAAUUGAACUACUACGUUUUAUGACUCAUACUGAUGGAUUCCAUUCCAAGAAAGAUAUCUUAAGUCAGGAAUCUAUUGCGGAUUGGUCAACUCCAACAAAAGCUUCUAAUGAAACUUAUGGGUUGGGAUGGUCAGUGAAUGUAAUGGGAUUUAACGGUUGGCAACAUGAUGGCCGAAUGCCUGGUAGCGCUGCAAUGUUGGUACGGUUAGACAAUGGUCUAGAGAUGGCCGUUGUAGUAAAUAAGGAAUACAGUGAAAGAGAUUUCUUUCAUGAACUUGGAUAUGUGCUCCAUCAUAUCGGAAAUAACGAUGAUUGGUGGCGAGGAAGUGAAGAUUUGUUUCCCUGA